GGUUUGGUCUUCCCCAUGAAUUCUGUUUAAACAUUAAUUUUCUACUGUUUAAAUCAGCUCUUUCAGCUAAGCACUGAAACAGAUCACAAUGACUGACUUUGGGGAAGUGCUGAAAAAUGUCGGUGAAUUUGGGCGAUAUCAAAAACUUUUAGUGGUUAUGCUUUGCUUAAUAAAUCUCUUCAAUGCCUUCCACAUGUUUGGUCAGGUUUUUAUGGGAAUUUCAGUGCCACACUAUUGUAAUACCAGUUGGAUUCUCACGAAAAGCCCAAAUCUGACUCAAGAAGAGCUGCUGAACUUGACUAUUCCACAGAAUGCAGAUGGAUCAUACAGCCGAUGUGAGAUGUAUGAAACAGUUGAUUGGGAUAUUGAAUCAAUUGAAAAACAUGGACUUAAUAAAACAGAAAAGUGCCGGGACGGAUGGGUGUACGAUACAUCUGAGCAAGAGUCAACACUGGUUACAGAGUUUGACCUGGUGUGUAUGAGAAAAGAAGAAAUCGAGAUUUCACAAUCUAUUUAUAUGCUGGGACUAGUGAUAGGAUCACUUAUUUUUGGGCCUCUUGGAGACAGGAUUGGACGACGUCCAGUUAUUUUAAUCUCUAUGCUAAUGCAGCUGUCAUUUGGAGUUGGCGCAGCAUUUGUUUCGCACUUUUACGUCUACACAACUCUGAGGUGCUUUGUGGGGAUCUCCAUGUCUGGACUUAUCAUCAACAAUCUUGUCUUAGUUGCUGAAUGGGUUGGCUCAGCCCAGCGGGCGUACGCAACAAUUAGUGGCCAUGUUUGUUUUGCAAUAGGAUGUAUGAUCUUAGCUGGAUUAGCUUAUGGCGUUCGGAACUGGAGAUUAUUUCAAAUAAUUGGAUCUGUUCCUAUAGGACUAUUAUUUUUCUAUAUUUGGGUACUUCCUGAGUCGCCCAGGUGGCUUUUAACUAAAGGCAAAACAGAAAAGGCUAAAAUACUCCUCCAAAGAGCGGCCCGUAUCAACAAAACAACAUUUAAUGAGGAACUAAUUUCACAGUUACACGAGGACAAAGUAACUAAAUCUGCAAACAUGAUUGACCUUUUCAGGAGUCAAAAGCUCAGAAAAAUAACCCUCAUUAUGAGUUUAGUAUGGUUUAUGAAUAGUCUUGUAUAUUAUGGGCUGAGUCUCAAUGUAGGAAGCUUUGGACUGGAUAUUUACCUCACUCAACUUAUUUUCGGAGCUGUGGAGGUUCCUGCUCGUGCUGGAUCCAUAUUUAUGGUACAGAUAUUGGGAAGGAAGCUAAGUCAGGUAUCCAGUCUACUAUUGGGUGGUGCCAUGUGCUUGAUCAUUACAGCAAUUCCAAAGGAUUUACCUGUUGUAACAACAGCUCUAGCAGUGAUUGGAAAGUUCUCGAUUGCAUCGUCAUUUUCCACUUGUUACGUUUAUGCAGCAGAAUUAUUCCCUACCGUUAUCAGGCAGAAUGGAGUGGGGCUCUGUAAUAUGGCUGCCCGUGUAGCUGGGAUCCUCGCGCCUCUAAUUAGUCUUCUGAGCAAAUAUCAUUCUGCUAUACCCAUGGCAAUUUAUGGCAGUGGACCUGUCAUUUGCAGUGUGCUCUGCUUUUUCUUACCAGAAACACGAGGCAAAGAAUUACAAGAUUUCACACAAGAAGAUAAUACAACUAAAAGUAAUCAAAGUGACAUUCCAAAAGACUGCUCGAUAAAUGAAAAUGGAUAUGGUCAUGAACUGGACACAAAGGACAAGAAAAGCACUCGUCUAUAGUCUGCAUAGAGGAUAAAUUAAAGGAAAACAUGUGAAUGAACACCUUAAGAAUAUUAAACUAAUGUAUAGAAGCACAAGAAGAAAAGGAUACUUUAGGAUAAAAAAAUCAGAGAUGCAGAAAUAGGUGCAGCUAUCUAUGUACCUCACUACACUAGAAUACAGCAAUAACUAUUGUAUUUUGCAUUAACUUUGCUUAUAAUGUCUGUCUGUGUAAUAAAGGUGCAUAAAUAUUAGGCUGCUGGGCAGAUCAACAGAAGUUUCAUGUCACUGUUGGAUAAUGUUGCCUGACCAGACAUGACUCCUUACUGCUUUCCUGGAUAUUUACAAUAACAAUAGGUUAAAGUAGAGGUUAACAAUGAAACAUAAGACAUGUUUUCUUUGCAAAAUAAUUAAACUAAUAACUAAAGACCUGCACUAAUGGACAAAAGCAGCAAAUGCCAAAAACCUAUAAAUGGAGGAUUCAGUUGCAACUAUUUACCUUAAUAUCUCUGUUUGCUUUUGAUCUGAUGGAAAACCUUCAAUGGUGAGUGCUACUACAGUGAACCAAGAUAAUCUGAAAUUAAACUAUACUGAAAUCUC